AUGUUAUAUUCUAUGUUAUAUUCAGUAGGUGUAACAAUUCAGAUGGCACCCAUAUAUCAUCUAUCGAUAUCAACAUUAUUUUUCAUUAGUUAUCAGAAAUACGCUGGGCAACAAUAUAAUUAUCUUAUUUCCUGCAACAAAAUAAGGAAGAUAAUUAUAAAAUUUAUAAUAUAA